AACCCGUGGGUGGUGGCUGCGGGCUGGGGAAGGACCUCGUACGCUGGACGUCAGUCCGAAAAACUCAUGAAGACCAAGUGGAUGGAGCUGGUGCGCUGGGACACGUGCGAGGCCAGGACCAAGUACCGCUCCCGCAGUCUGCUCACGGAGCGCAUGCUGUGUGGCGUCUCCGACCUCACCGACGCCUGCCUCGGCGACUCGGGCGGACCGCUGAUGUACUACCACCCUCAGUUUUACCGCUGGUUUCUGGUCGGCGUCACCAGCUUCGGCUGGGGCUGCAACGAGGUUAACGACCCGGGCGUCUACACCAACCUCUUCCACAAGGACAUCUUGGGCUGGGUGACAUGCGCGAACACAGGCGAAAUGUGCAAGGCCUAGCUGAAGAGCGCUGGAGCCGCAGGCGGCCCGACGCGAUCUGACGAUCCGCGGCUGAGGAGGGCGACGGCCAAGUCUGGAAGCCCGCCGCAGCAUGGGCGGGGCGCGGCCCGCGGCGGCGGCCGUCACAGCUCCCGCCCGAGUUCUGCCGCUGCCUCCCCACCGCUGGCAGACGCGGCUAAGCUCCGUGCUUCUCGGUAGCUCUAAUGGUAAUGGUGUGUAGUGGAGGAGCAGGGUGCUAGUUGAAACAGUAACAAAUCUGUCAUCGUACGCAAACUGGGUACCCUGAAAACGAGCAUGUUUUGUUCUCAACUUCUGCGCUCAAUGCAUCGGCCUUCAGAGCCCACCGCAUACGGUUUUAAUCAGCUUGCGUCACCCACAAAAUCGUCAUUGGCAUCAAGUGUAUUUGAAAAUAUAUACAUAUACAUUAA